AAUUAAUUAAUAAAUGGUAUUAAUUUAAAUAGAAUAUUUUAAAUUUUUAGAAAGAUUUUGUUAGAUUUAUUUCUCAAUAUUUUGUUAUAACUAAAAAUAAAAUUUAAAUUUACAAUUAAAAUUUAUUUAUUAUUAAUAUCCUUAUAUAUUGAAUAGAUUAUUAUUAAAUAAAUGUAUUUAUUGAAAUGGACCUAAUAAAAAUUAGUAUGAUUUUUUAUGGUAGAUAAAAAUGAUACUUCUCUUUUAAUAAAAAAGAUUUGAUAGAAGUGAUAUGUCGGUCUUAGACUUUUAGCUACAUACAAUGUUUGAUAUAAAAAAAGCUACAUAUAAUGCAUGUGAUCAGCGUUUUCCGAGUCAAAAUUUCUUUAUUUGGAGUUUAUGUAAUAACAAGACUUUUUCAACAUUUAAUUUGCGGCAUUUUAUUACAGUUAAAUCGUCGAUACAAAUUUUAUCAAGUUUUUCUUUCACAAUUAGGCUCAUUGUAAUUUGGGAAGAGUUUGGGUCAAUAAAACCAAUUCUAAGUAAUAAACCAAUAACCCAAUGCACUUUUGAUAAAAAUCUAUUCAUAUAGAUAUUCGUUAUUUUCAGAUUACACAAGAUUUCUCCCUCUAAUUAUAAUCCACUAUCAAAUAAACUUGUUUUCUUUUCUUUCUUAUACCCUUGGCAAUCAGAGUUCCUUCUUUUUUUGUAUCCCUAAUUCUUUUCAUCUAUAGAGUAAUAUUAAAAGUCACCAAAAUGAAAAUCAAACGAAGAAGCAAAUUUGAAGUGAGUAUUAAAAAUGAACUUAGAUAACUAAACCAAAGGUGUCUUUAAGCAGACAAUAUGUAUACUAAAUUUCCUAUGAUCUAUAUGUUAAUAUAUUUUACUAAAAAGGUAAAAUGCAUUACAUACAGAAAGUACUUUUAUGUUGCUGCGUGUCAACAAUGCGACAUAUACAUUUUUAAAAAUUAACAUGUAUAUUCAUUUUUUUAUAAAUAAGAUCUCAGAGUAUUAAUAUUUUUUUAUUAAAAAGGUAAAAUGGACGAAUAAAGAGGGAUAUAUAUUUAUUUUAGGUGUAUAAAAACACGGUAAAUUAUUGAAAUUAGUAUUAAAUAGAAAAAAAUUGAAAAAUCAAAUUAGAACAUUUAAGUGUGUGAUAUUUAUAUCUUUUAAUAAAAUAUCCAAGUGAACCAAUGUAUAAUAAAAACACCAAUGAAACCAUAUAGAAAAUUGAAAUGUUUAUCCAUUUAUAAUGAUUAUUAAUAAAAACGAUUAAAUAACAUAAAAUAUUUGAAGACCAAGAAGGAACAUAGAAUUAAAGGGGUGAUUGGUAAGUGCAUGGAUUUUAUUUUUUGUCUUUAGAAUAGUAGAUAUAAAUUUAUUUGCUGUAACUAUUUUUGAUGUAACUUUAUAAAGCAUUAUUUUUUUGCUCUAGAAAUAAAACUUUCUACAGUCUUUUUAUUUUAUUUUUCAGAGAUAUUUUGGUUGUAACUUUUUAAAAGAAAGGAAAGCAUGAUUGGUUGAUAUGUAUGACUUUAAAUUAAAUUUUGGACUUCUAGAGCAUCUACAGCCACAACCAAUCACCUCUUUAUUUUUACUAUUAUAAAUACCUAAUUAUUUGGAGGUGUAUUCAACAAGAAGAAAAUAUUUUUUUAAAAAUUAGGAUUAUUAAUAUGAAUUUAUUUUUCAAACUCGUCACAUUCAUAUUCCUAGUUUCUGUAGUUCAAUCUAUAGAAAGUGACAGAAAUGUGAAAUCAUUUAAGCUAAACGAGAAGAUUAUAUAUGAUUGUGUGGAUAUAUAUAAACAACCUUCAUUAAGCCAUCCACUACUCAAAAACCAUAAAAUUCAGAUGGAACCAUCUUUUUCAAGCUGGAAACCAAAAAGGCAAACAAAGAAUAAAAUUGAAAAUAGAAUAAGCAUCAACUGUCCAAAUGGAACAGUACCUAUACUAAGAAAUACAAAAGAAUAUAUCGCAAAUGCUAAGUACUGGGCUGAGAAACACUUCAACCCACUCACAGAAGAUAGUCCAGGGACACAUAUUGCUGGAGUUAGAUCACAACAUGAAGGUCCUUACCAUGGUUUAGCAGCUUGGAUGAGUGUGCAUGAUUUGAACAUUAGUAGGGACCAAGCUUCAUAUGCUAAUAUAUAUGUUGGCAGUGGAUACAACAAAAAAACUAAUUUUAUCCAAACCGGUUGGAUGGUAAAUCCAAGUUUAUUUGAUGAUGGACGCACAUGGAGUUACGGGUUUUGGAAGGGUGCCAAUGGAGCAGGAUGUUACAAUACAAUAUGUCCUGGUUUUAUUCAAGUGUCAACAACUGAUCCUUUAUCUGUUCCUUUUCCUUAUCCCCGGAAAGGAGAUAGGGCUGUUAAUCCUAGUAUUUCACAGGAUUAUGCAACCGGACAUUGGUGGACAAUACUCGUAAGAGCCACUAAAAAGGAUAUAAAGAUUGGUUAUUGGCCAAAAGAACUAUUUGAUAUCAUAGGUCGUAGUGUGGAUAUGGUUGGAGUCACGGGAGUAGUCCAAGCUUCCCCUUCUGGUAUUAGUCCACCAAUGGGCAAUGGUCAUCUGCCAACUCAAAAGGAAGAUGAAUCCGCACGUGUUAAAAACCUCCUCAUUGUAGACACUAAAUAUAAUUUCAUGCCUAGUCGCAAUUAUAAGCUAGAGAAGCUAUUAGACAACAACAAAUGUUAUGGAUUAAAAGAUGGAAAGAAACCAAUUUUCGCCAAAGAAUAUAAUCUGUUCACAUAUGGUGGACCUGGAGGAGAUUCUUGUGGAAUAUAAGCUUAUAAAACAGUCUCUUGUAUAUUACAAUAAAUAAUUGAGAUUUUAUGUUUCAUGUUUAAGUAUUAAAAUUUUAUUAUAUCUAUUUGAUCUAUUAUUAUUGUGGUGUAUUAAAGUUUAUAAGGAUUUUAUUUCUUAGUUAGGGGCCGGAUUUUUGCAUCAUGUGCAUAUAUAUUAUAUAUACAGUAUAAAUUCUAUUAAUUAAUACUCGAUAAAUUAAUAAAAAAUUUUGGUUUCAAGUUGGACUGGUUCAAAAUAUGAUAUGAAUCGAUAAAAUUAUAAGAUAAUAAUAUUUUAAAAAAUUCUAUAUAAUUAUAUGGUUCAAAUCAUAAAUUAAUACUUUUUGUAUAUAUACAUUUUACAUAAGUACAAACAAACAAUAGUAUAUUUGGUUUGUUUCACAAUAGAAUUAUCUCUAUAAUUUCUUAAUAUUUAUUAUAUUUUGCUAAUAUUUAGUAAAAUUACCUCUAGAUUUUUUUAACAUUUCCCUAUAUAUAUAUAUACACAGCGACAGGUUCGCUGAGAAACCCGUAACUCCAUUCGCUGAAACCCUUAACUCCUAGACGACACGGCCGUCUUAAUUCCUUAUGACACAGUGACACGUUCGUAUAAUUUUGAACAGCUUUGGGUGGGAUGGAUAGGCAAGUUACAUAUGCAUUUGGUAGUGAGCUAUGGACGAAAUCUGCUCUCUGUCCUAACUCACGCUCAGUUCUAUACACGUGACGGUUUAUCACGUGAAAGGAUCUUCAAAUUUAAUUUUCAUCAAAAUUACGAAAUUCAAUAAGACCCCUGAAACUCUUGACACAGAUUUCCUUGGUGAGAUCAUUCUGUAGUUGGGUUGUGAUAACUUGAAUGACAACGAAUCUUUUGCGUCUUUUUUUUUUUUUUUUUUGGUGUAAAUGUUAGAAUCUUUGCGUCUUUAAUUAAGUUAGUUACAUUCCGCAACCUCGAGCUCUUGGUGACGCCAAUUUCUAAGAUACGAAAAAAUUAUAGGAAAAGUAAUCAUAGAGAGGAGCCAACUUGGUUGACGACCAUAUAUAUAGAUACAGCGAGCGUUCUGACUAGGUCAAGGCGGGAGAGUAAUGGUUUACUUGGCUACCUACGUUCAUUCUCUUCAAAAGUCAGAACCAAAUAAUAAAAAUUAAGAUCCCAAAAUCCAUUUCUUUGUCACUAUAUGCACCAAAAGAACAAUAACUCAAGUGAAGAAGAGUAUUGAGGCAGAAAUAAUAAACACAGCCCCCCAGUAGAUAGAUUUAAUGGGGUUUCUCACUUAUUUACAUACAAAACCUUAAGAAGAAUCUUUUACCAAUAGACAAUCCACUGGAAACAAAAACCAAACCCCUCUAA